AUGAACACUUGUGAAUUACUACUCAAUACUCUGAAGGCAGCAGGAGACAAUCAAUUAGUAGAAGAUCAUCAAAAUUUAGUUGCCAUGACCGCGGAAGUAUCUGAUAAACGUUUUGAACUGAGAAAUCUCGAACAGUCUUGUAAGGAAAACGAGGCUAACGUACAGCGUCUAGAAUCAGAUGUCCAAAAGCUCCGGCAACGAGAGGAGCUAAUAAAAGAGAAAACCAUCUGCAGCGAAAAGAUAUAUUUUGCCAAAUAUCAAGAAGCUAAGUUCAGGUGCGAUGAAGCUAAGGCAGGCUGUGAUACUCUAAAGGAAGAGUUAACUUCCAUCAAGAACAAAAGUGAACCAUUCAGAUUGUCUGUUGAGUUUUACAAAAACGAAGAGGUCAAAAUGCGACAAGCAUUCACUAAAUCAGUAGAAAAGGUGAAAACAGCUCUAAAUUUAACCGAGACAGUCAAGUCGUCAAUAGAAGAACGUAAAGUGGACUGUCAAAAAGAAUACUCCAAAUUUAGAGAGAAACAAUCCGAAGAGAAUAAACGUGAGAAUGCUAUCAGAUUGAAACAGCAAGAAUUAGACGCCUUUGAAGCCAAACUUCAUGACUUGAGAGAUGUUGAUUGCUCAAGACAGAUUGCUCAAGUGCAGAAUGCCUUAGAUGAGGUGACGUCUGAAAGAAAACUGUUACAAAAAAAGAAAGCAGAGCUAGAGGAGAUAUCUCGAAAUCAAGUGACAAAAAUCAAUGACAUCCAGCGAGAACACGAAUCCAUAAGGGCAGUGGACCAGAAAAAAAUCUUUCUCUUGCGACAAAGAAACAACAACGCUUACAGAGUAUUGGAAUGGUUGGGGAUGAAUAAGGACAAGUUUAAGCAAAAGAUAUAUCAACCUAUCAUGUCCGAAAUUAAUGUAAAAGAUCAUAAAUAUAAUAGCAUAAUAGAAGCCGCAAUCCCUAGGCAGGAAUUGUCGGCUUUUGUCUGCCAAACAACUGAAGACCUAUUGACGUUCACUAGGUUAGUCCGCGACCAACUAAAGAUCUCAUUCAAUGUGAUUCUAGCUCCUGAUAAGUCGAUGGAUGCUCAAUUUAGACGCGAUUCGGAAAUAUUGCCUGAUCUCAGAGAAUUCGGAGUUAAAGCCUACCUCAAGGAUCUCAUCGACGCUCCAGAACCCAUAAUGCGCUAUCUAUGCGGCACUUACAACUUUCAUCGCAUACCAGUUGCUGACAAUUGCUCGGAGUCGCAACUCAAAGAAUUGCUGACAAAAUGUAACAAAUUUUUAUGUUGGGAAUCAACUAUAUUCUGUGCUCAGAGUGAUACAACUCGCUUACAAGCAGCCAUAAAGAAGAAACAAGAUGAAGUGGAGACUUUCAAAUCGCUACUAAACACGGCGCUUGCUAUCGCUCAAGAAAAGAUAAAAGGUUUCAAACCUGAUGGAACCUUGUCUCGCUCUACUCAGACGAGAUUCAACACGAUAAGCCAGAACAGUGUUGAUGAGUUGGCCUGUAAAUUGGAUGAUCUGGUGAUACGAAUACAGGGGAUAUAUCAGGAUUCCAAUAACACACUGCUGAACGAAUUCAACCGACUCAAUGAGCAGCUUAAAGACAAGCGUUUCAAACUAACCGAAUUAAAGACUUCAAUCGAAGAGAUUGAUCUCAAACUUGAGACUAUCAAGAAGAAUUGGUUACCCAAGUUGCAAGAGGUGAUAAAAAGCAUCAAUAUAAACUAUGGGGAGUUUAUGAAAAAAUUGAGCUAUGGUGGCGAGGUGAGAUUGGAUUUUAAUGAAGACCAACCCAAUAAUUUCGCUGCUUAUGGAAUUAUGAUCCUGGUUAAAUAUCGAGACAAAGAAUCUCUGAUACCUUUGUCCUCAACGAGGCAGAGUGGUGGUGAGCGCAGUGUGGCAACUAUGAUCUAUAUGCUCGCGCUACAGGCAAAAACAAGCGUACCAUUUAGAUGUGUUGACGAAAUCAAUCAAGGAAUGGAUAAAGAAAACGAGAGAAAGGUAUUCGAGUUGCUCGUCAGCACUGCUGAUUCAAGUUCGUCUCAAUAUUUUCUAGUUUCGCCUAAACUACUCAAUAAUCUGCCUUACAGCGAGAAGAUGAAGAUACAUGUAGUCUUCAACGGCAAAAAACUAGGUUUAUCUUGGGAUGAUAUCUAG